AUGACUCAAUCCAUCCUGAUCGUCGGCGCCACUGGCAACACCGGCCGAGCUGUCGUUCAGACGCUGCCAGAGUUACUUCAAUCAAGCAGAACUCUAUCCAGCAGCCGCAUCAUCGCUCUCACCCGCUCCUCCAGCAGUCCAGUGGCACUCGAGCUGGCCAAAAUACCCGGAAUCGAAGUGAUCGAGCAGAACUGGAUUGAGAUCACCGCCGACUGGCUCCGUGAACACCAGGUUGUUAGGGCCUUCAUUGCAUCCCACAACGAGCCCAACCAAUUUGCUGAGGAGUCAACCUUCCACCUCAACGCCCUCGAAGCCGGCGUUGAGUAUGUCGUGCGAAUCUCGACAACGGCUGCAAAUGUGCGCCCGGAUUGCCCUGCCUACUAUACGCGCCAGCACUGGGCUAUAGAGACUCUCCUCGGCUCGCCCGAAUUCAACAAUAUGAAAUGGACGUCUCUUCAACCGAACAUCUUCUCGCCACUUGUUAUGUCGCCGGCUGCGGAGUUUAUCAAAAAAUAUCGCAAGACCGGAGAGCAGGAUACCCUGCGUCUGAUACUGUCAAAGGAUGCACCUGUUGGGAUCAUCGACCCUGACGAGGUUGGUGUUAUUGCAGCUCAUCUCUUAUCUCAAGAUGACACUUCCGUGCACAACAAGGCCAAGUACGUUUUGAAUGGUCCAGCGGACAUCACUGGAAAGCAGAUUGUCGACAUGAUUGAGCAGCAAAUUGGUGCGCCCGUCAAAGACGUCAGUUAUAAAGAUGUCUCGUUUAUCGACAUGCUGUAUGAGCACCAGUAUGCGACCAAGCAAUCGAAAAAUGUCAUCUACACAAUCAAGCGGGCCCCCGAGACAGCAUGGGAAGGAAAAUGCUCGACUUCUACCACCAGCAAGGAGAUUCUGGAGCUCGCUGCCCCAAAAAGGUCACCCGCUGAUACUUUGAAGACUUUACUGGAGGAGUAA